CUGCAGGUUGGAUGCAAGGUGCAGCGACCUGCAGAGGGAAACCCGCCGAGAAGGACAGAAUCCAGAAGCUGCUGCUCUUAGAACCACCUGUGGCUCCAACUACUAACUGCUAAAAAUGCUGAAACCAUGGACGAUGCUUGUGGCCACAGUGCUGUGUGUGCUGGUGUGUCUGGGAGCACUGGCAGACGCCUAUCCUCCAAAGCCAGAGAACCCUGGCGAGGACGCCGCCCCCGAAGAGCUGGCCAAGUACUACACCGCCCUGAGACACUAUAUCAACCUGAUCACCAGGCAGAGAUAUGGGAAGCGUUCAGCUCAGGAGGACCUGGUUGCAGAGCUGCUGUUUGGAGGCGACAGCAGCAGAGAUCAGCGAUCGAGAUACGAUGACUCCUUCAUGUGGUGACUCCACAGCUCUCUUACCUCCUCGUUGUGCUUUCCAUCCGGGGACUUCCCAGAAUGCACCUAGAGGAGCCAACAGGUGCCUCUCACCUCCUCUGAAGCCAACAGAAUGACCAUCACUGACUGGAGCUCUUUCCGCAGCUCCUGUCUUGUCCAAUAGCGACCGUGCUGUGCCAUAAGAACCCGAAUUUAAACCCAUGAGAUCAGACCUGCCUGACAUUAGGUGGAACUCUGUGUUCACGAACUCUGUUCUUCUCCAUCUCUGUGUCGUGGAAACAUUCUGUCUUGCUGUUGUCAACUGUAAAAAGAGAGGAUGUGAAUAAAAACAUUGUC